CUCAUGCUGUAUUUGAGUCGCCUUUGUCUCACUGUUCGUUGCAUCAUCAUCUGCUCGCCCCAUUUCCUGAGAUGGUGUCAUGGUGGCUUGGCAUGUCCGUGCUGGUCCCGCGCAGAUUCCCAAUCGUUCCAUCUCGUGGCACCACAUCAGCACACCAUCCCGCACAAGCAUCGCUUUUCAUCAAACCAACGUGAAGAAACAAUGGCCGAGCACCCUUCUUUCACAUUGGCAGGCUUGUUGGCUGUCGGAGGAACUGCGGGCUAUCUCCGAACAAGAUCAACACCAAGCCUUGUCGCUGGACUUGGAUUGGGUGCUUCGUAUGCUCUUGCUGGCUACCGUAUCAAGCAGAACCAGGACUACGGCACUGAGCUUGCGCUUGGCAACAGCAUCAUGUUAAUGGGCUCUGCGAUACCGCGCAUCAUGAAGACCGGUGGACGCGCGCCUGUGCCGAUUGCGCUGGGUGUGACUGGUGCGCUCGCGACUUACUACUACCAGAAGAAGGUGCGCGAGUUCAGGUAUGGUGUUUAAGAAGCGUUCAGGCUCUUUGAAAAGAGCAAUGUCAUAAACGGCCAUGAUGCCCUGUACAACUACUAAGGGUGGGUUAUUCCCUACCCUGCUCUACUCUUGAGUACCAAAUCCCCACUCCCUUCAUCUUCUACCGAGUAUACCCUUUUCCGCGCCGUUUCUUCGUCUCCGAUGCCUUCAAGCUUCGGGCUUCGCUGUGCAAUCAUCAUCAUACCAUCAAGCUGUACCCACGGACCCGGGGCCAUCCAGUACCGUAGGUUUUGAUAAAUGCCAAAGCAAGACGAUAACAGCACAGUUGCGAGGACAGCAAUGGCUAUCCACUCCCAGCCCAGACGCGGACUGGAUCCGUACAGUUGCCACUGAAUGGGAUAGGAUACAAUCCUGUCUUCUGAUCGAGAAGGCAGAGACGACGGAAGAGAAGACCAGUACUUGUUGCUCGUGC